AAGAAACCUCUUCUGUUUUAAGCUUUUUUUGAAUAAAAUAAGAGCUCAAAACUUGGACACUGAACUUUUAGGCCUCUUAUAACGCUAGGGAAGCCCUGGUGGCGCAGUGGUUAAGAGCUUGGCUGCCAGCUUUUAGUUCGAAUCCACCAGCCGCUCCUUGGAAACCCUGUGGGGCAGUUUUGGUCUGUCCGGUAGGGUCGUUAUGAGUGGGAAUCGACUCAACGGCACCGGGUUUUUUCUUGUUUGUUUUUUUCAUAACUCUAGAAACUAGAAUAAAGGGGCGCCCACGGGCAAAGCAUGGGGACUAGACUGCUGGGUAUUCCCAGCAUGGUCUAUUCCACCCCCUCUUUCCUCAGUGCUCUUGUGAGCCAUCCGCCACCUCUGACCCUGUUGCCCCCGAAACUCUCUGGCAUUUCCUAUCGUUUCCAGAUAUGGAGAGAAAAAGGAAGCGGGAGCCAGGCUCUUGACACGGCCCAAGUGGCUGCAUCUUCUAGGAUUCUUACGAAGGCAUCCAUCUGAAACUUGCGCUGUGAUUGUACUCGCCCCGAGGCCCCGAGAACAUUCCCAGGUACAGGCUCCUCAAGCUGGCAAAUUCCCCGGGCUCGUCGAGCUGGACGUUAUCCACCAGAAGAAGAUAAACAUGGCAAAUUGAAACAUUUGCCUUCCCAAAACUCAUACGGAUUCUUGGGGUCUAGCUGAGACCUUGAACUGCUUUGGAAGGGAUCCAGGGUGUGAGAUGCCUCCGCGGCAUUUUAGCUCAGCUAUUUCUAAAGACCACAUAGAGGGAAUCUGGUGGGAGAAUUCUUUCCUAGUAGACGAUGCAGUUUUAAAGCUUUUCUCUCGCUCAGUAAAGAAAAAAGGACCCCAGAAUUUAGACUUCCAGGACUUGGGGCUCCUAGACUGAGUCAGAGGUCCUAGACUGAGAAAAACACCUUAACGUAGAAGAUUCCUCGAACUAAUCUGACUUUACAGGUCCCUUGAUUUAAAACUUCACGAGGUGGAUGUUGAGAGAUCUAGAUGGUUCCAAUACUUUGAGAAAUUUACAUGUAGCAGUCUUAAAUUAAGAAAGACUGCACAACCUGUGAGAGUUACAGAACCUGAGGCACCCUGAGAAACCUGUACUAAAUGAGGUACUUUCUAAAUCACAGAUCCUUUUUUUUUUAAUUGUGCUUUAGAUGAAAGUUUACAGCUCAAGUUAAAUUUCUCAUACGAAAAUUUAUAUACAUAUUGUUUUAUGACUAGUUGCAAUGCCCACAAUUGGACAGCACACUCCCUUUUUCCACCCCAGGUUCCCUGUGUCCAUUCAACCCGUUCCUGUCCCUCCCUGCCUUCUUACUCUGCCUCCAGACAGGAGAGCUGUGCAUUUGGUCUUGUAUAUCCGAUUGAACUAAGGAGCACGCUCCUCACAUGUUUUUUUUUUUUUUUUUUUUUUGCUUUAUAGUCCUGUCUAAUCUUUGUCUGAAGAGUGGGCUUCAGGAAUGGUUUCCUUCUGGGUUAACAGAGCAUCCUGGGUCCAUAGUUUCAGGGGGUUCCACUAGUCUCUGUCAGACCAUUAAGUCUGGUCUUUUUACUUGAAUUUGAGUUCUGUUUGACACUUUUCUCCCAGUCCAUCAGGAACUCUGUUUUGUUCCCUGUAAGGGUGGUCAUUGGUGGUAGCCCGGCACCAUCUAGUUCUUCUCGUCUCAGACUGAUGAAGUCUCUGGUUUAUGUGGACCUUUAAUCUCUUCGGCUGAUAUUUUCCCUGUAUCUUUGGUUUUCUUUAUUCUCCUUUGCUCCAAGUGGAAUGGGUCCAAUUGAUGCAUCUUAGACGGCCGCUCAGAAGUUUUUAAGACCCUAGACACCACUCACCAAAGUGAGAUGCAGAACGUUUUCUUAAUAAACUGUGUUAUGCCAGUAGACCUAGAUGUCCCCCAAAACUAUGGUCCUCAGGCCCCAGCCCCAGCUACUCUGUCCCUCAAGGUGUUUGGAUGUGUUCAGGAAAUUUCUUAGCUUUUGCCUUGGUCCAGUUGUGCUGGCCCUGUAUUGUGUGUUGUCCUUCCUUCACUAAACUUGAUCCCUAUCUACUAUCUAACUAAUGAAUUCCCCUCACUUUCUCUCCCCACCCUCGUAACCAUCAAAGAAUGCUUUUUUUAGACCAGACUUAAUGGUCUGACUGAGACUGGAAGGACCCCGGUGAUCAUGGCCCUCAGACCUUCUGUUGGGCCCACUACAGGAACCAUCCCCGAAGCCAGCUCAUCAGACAUGGAUUGGACUGGACGAUGGGUUGGAGAGGGAUGCUGAUGAGGCGUGAGCUACUUGGUUAGGGUAGACACUUGAGACAAUGUUGGCAUCUCCUGCCUGGAAGGGAGAUGCGAGGGUAGAGGGGCUUAGAAGCUGGCAAAAUGGUCAUAAAAAGAGAGAAUGGAAGGAGGGAGCGGGCUGUCUCAUUGGGGGGAAAGUAAUUGGGAGUAUGUAGCAACUUGUGUAUGGGUUUUUGUGUGAGAGACUGACUUGUGAACUUUGACUUAAAGCACAAUAAAAAUUAUUUUUAAAAAAUUUUUCUGAGUUCUUAUGAUAGUGGUCUCGUACAAUAUUUGUCCUUUUGUGUCUAAUUUCACUCAGCAUAAUGCCUUCCAGAUUCAUCCAUGUUGUGAGAUGUUUCCUGGAUUCAUCAUUGUUUAUUGUUGCAUAGUAUUCCAUUGUGUGUAUGUAACAUAAUUUGUUUAUCCAUUUGUCUCUUGAUAGACACCUAGGUUGGUUUCCAUCUUUUUGCUGUUGUGAACAAUGCUGCAACAAACAUGGGUGUGCAUAUGGCUUUUAUUUCUCUAGGAUGUAUUCCUAGGAGUGGGAUUGCUGGAUUACAUGGUACUUCUAUUUCUAGCUUUUUAAGGAAGCACCAAAUCAUUUUCCAGAGUGCUUUUACCAUUUGACAUUCCCACCAGCAGUGCAUGAGUGUUGCAGUCUCUCCACAACCUCUCCAACAUUUAUUAUUUUGUGUUUUUUGGAUUAGUGGCAGCCUUGUUAAGGUGAGAUUGUAUGUCAUUGUAGUUUUGAUUUGCAUUUCUCUGAUGGCUAAUAAGUCAUAGAUACUCUUGCCUCUCCUCACGGUACCCGAUAUAAUGCAGUGACUGAGAAUGCAAGCUCUGAAGCUAGAUUGUCUGCACUAAGAUUCUGGCCACUCAGUAGCUGUGUGAUUUUGGGCAAAUUAUUUACCUCUGUACCUCAGUUUCUUUACCUGUAAUAUGGGCAUAAUAAUAGUAUCUUAUAGGGUGGUUGUAAGAAUUAAAUGGAUUGUAACUGUAAAGUGCUUAAACCAAGUAGUUGGCAUAAAGUGAGAGUUGGGUAUAUAUUGUUCUGGUUAAGUACUGUCGAGUCAUAGCCACUUUUAUGCACAACAGAAGGAAACACUGCCCAAUCCUAGCCAUCCUUAACAAUCGUUGUUAUGCUUGAGCCCGUUGUUGCAACCACUAUGUCAAUCCAUCUCAUUGAGGGUCUUCCUAUAUAUUUUAUGUAUAUAUAUAUUACCCAUUGUUAUUAACUGUCUGGGGAAACUUCACCUGGAUUUGGCGUCUGGACAUGUAACUGGAAAAGGUCUGCUUAGGAGUGUCUUGAAAAUGUGAUUUGCAUAACGGUUGGGGCCCAGAUGACGUCAAGGGCUCCUUGUAGCACCAGGUCAGAUGCAGCCCUGGAAGUAGUCCCUGCAACACAACAGUCCCACAAUUGCCCCACCAAUCCUGCUUCCUAUCCAACACCCUCAGCACCAGGAAGUGAAACAAAGCGGCAGAGCCCCAUGCCUCCAACUCACCCUUGUCCUUCUCACCCCAGGGUUCUACUUCCUCCUCCUCCUUCUCCUCUUCUUCCUUUUUACCUUUCAUAGCCUAUCCUUUAGGGCUCUCAGAAUAGGGACCAGAGGCAGGAAGAGCAUAAGAGACAUUAUAUACAAGUGAUGUGAGCUCCCCUACCCUACUCCUUCUAAUUUCCUUAUUUCAUUUGUGUCUGUGCUGUGGAGGUGGGUGGCAAACCAUUUCUUAACCAAACUUAGAUAACCUCUCUGAAACUGGAAAUAUGUUUCAUCCAAAGGGUAGGUUUACCACAGAGUCAUAAUAUUUGAACCAAAAGUUUUGUUGAGCAGUUCUGAAUGGUUUUAAGGGAAGGGAGACCCCCUUCAAAGACAGGUUUCUCAGAGGAAAAGGGUCAACCCCUUGGGGAGGCUUUGGGGGCCAGCUGUGUGGUCACCCAUGGCCUCAUACUGACGUCCAAAUUGUCCUGGGACCCUCCACUGGGGUCGGGGCAGUCCCAGCUUUGGACCACCCUCCACUCCCACACCCAACCUCACGCUCUCAGCUGUCUCACUGGAUGUUGCAUCAGGGAGGGUGAUGAAAUCAGUGUCAGUGGAUUUUACCCACGGCUGCAACAGGCUGAAGGACCAGGCUGGGUCAUUGGCACUGUGCACCUUCAUCUACCCAGAACUCGUAUUCUUCCUAGGCAUAGGGUAGGGGCUGGGUGCUGGAAUGUCUGAGUUGGACUUCUAGCCCCUGCUUAUACUGGAGCCCCCCCCAGGAAUCAGGAACCUUGGGCCACUAGAGUUGAAGAAUCGGCUAGUUCUUAGCAACAACCCUCUCUCUGCAAAAUUGCUUCCAACCUCCUCAGUGAGGCCUGAAAUGGGGGAGCAAUAAUACCUUAUGCAGCAUUUACAUGCCUUCCCAGUUCACAAACUGUGUACACAUCCAUUCUGUCCUAUGAAACCAGAGCCACCCAGUGAAAAUAACACUGUUCCCAACAGAGAAAAAUAAACCCCUUAUUCUGAGAUCAGACCCCUGGGUGGUGCGAACAGUUUGUGCUGACAACUAACCUAAAGGUUGGCAGUUUGACCCCACCAUGGUGCCACAGAAGAAAGUCCUGUCAAUCUACUUCUGUAAAGAUUACAGCCAAAAAAAACCCUAUGGAGCAAUUCUACUCUGUAACAGAUGGGACUGCCAUGAGUCAGAAUGGACUCAAUGUCGACAAGGUUUGGGUUUUUUUGUUUGUUUGUUUGUUUUUUUAUUCUGAGAUAGGGGGCAUCAGGUAGGAAUCAAACAUCUUCAUUAUGAACUGAGCUUGUCAUCCUAUUGGGAUGAAUGCUUCUCUUUGUUUUUCCUCAGGGGGGAGGUGAGAGAGUAAGGGCUCAAGUGGGGUACAGCUUUGAGAGGCAAAAACCGUUGCCAUCAAGUCAAUUUUGACUCAUAGCGACCCUGUAAGAUCAGGGAAAGGAACUUGGGACCAGAUUAAUUUAAAUAUUCAACACUCCCACCCCUCACCCCUUCUACACACAUUCUGAUUCCUGGAGAGCAUUACACAUACAUCCCAUCCCAGGCCUCCAGCCACAGCAACCAAACCACUCAUUUCCCCUGGAACUGAAGCUGCAUACCUGGGCUCCCCACGAAGUGGGAUGAUGCAGGGAGGGGAAUCCCACCUGCUGUGAGUCACCUGCUAGUAUAAAGGGCGGGCCAUACAAUGCAGGGACCUUAAAAAGAGACUCAGAGAUAAAAGGAGAAAAGCAACAGGAAGCAGCUCAAAUAACAGCAGUAAGCAAACCAGAGACGCACAGAACAGAGAAUCAGGCUCAGACAGGAGGAAGUGGACAGAUUCCACGAGGACUGGUGUCAGGCACAGAGCCAGCCAGAUUUGGGAAGCAGGCCCCGAGAUGCUGCUGGGUAGUAAAGCUGUGAUGCUGCUGUUGCUGCUGCUUUGGACCCCUCAGGGCUGGGCCGUGCCUGGGAGCAGCAGCCCUGCCUGGGCUCAGGGCCAGCAGCUCUCUCAGAAGCUGUGCAUGCUGGCCUGGAGUGCACAUCCAUCAAUAGCACAUGUGGAUGUCCCAAGAGAAGAGGGAGAUGACGAGACUACAAGUGAAGUUCCCCGUAUCCAGUGUUGGGAUGGCUGUGAUCCCCAGGGACUCAGAGACAAUAGUCAGUUCUGCUUGCAGAGAAUCCACCAGGGCCUGAUUUUUUAUGAGAAGCUACUAGGCUCAGACAUUUUCAGAGGGGAGCCUUCUCUACUCCCUGAUGGCCCUGUGGGCCAGCUUCAUGCCUCCCUACUGGGCCUCAGCCAACUCCUGCAGCCAGAGGGUCACCACAGUGAGACUCAGCCGACUCCAACCCCCAGUCCCAGCCUGCCGUGGCAGCGCCUCCUUCUGCGCCUCAAGAUCCUUCGUAGCCUCCAGGCCUUUGUGGCUGUAGCUGCCCGGGUCUUUGCCCAUGGAGCAGCAACCCUGAGCCCCUAAAGCUAACAGCUUAAGAAUGGCACCCAGGUCCCCACGGCUCAGCAAUGGCAAGAUCAAUCUAUCACCCCAGCAACCUUCGAGCCAACAAUUAGCCCAUUUAUUCUAAUGGGACUUGCAUAUGUUGAAUGAUUAUCAAUACUGACUGAUUUACGAUGCUGACCUAUGACAAAGUUAAGUAUUUAUUAGAUGGGAAGGGAACAUUUGAGUUUAUUUAUCCUCCUGGGAGGAGUAUUAUUUAUUGUAUUUAUACUUAAUUAUAUACUUUUUUCAAUAAAGAUUUAUUUAUGUGGAUGUCUGGGUCUAAUUUCUAGGCUUGGUUGAGAGAAACAGAAUGGAAAAGUGGGGUCAUGGGACGACUACAGUAUGUAUCCCUUUCUCCUACUCUGAAGGGUACGGGUGGAGAGUAUUUUCUCAUGACCUCUUUGUGUACAGCAUGAUACCUGGGAUCUUUCUGGUAUUAACCCCUUAACGGCUAAGCAAGCAGAGUGGGAUUGCAGGAGGUUGAGAUUAGGCCAUGGGGCCCCUGGAUGUGGCCCCUCAUUUGAUCGUCAAUUCAGUGCCUCCUUUACAUUCUGGGCCAAGAGUAUAUAUAGCCAAAAACAGGAGCUUUAAUCACUGCAGGACCAAAAGUCAGAGCUCUGUUUUGAGCAAGAAGGGCAUUCCAGGAAGAUGUAAGUAAAUCCCCCAAACCAACAGGAUUCUCCCUUAAAGAAGGACAUCUGCGGGCCCUUUCAUAAGGGAAUUUGGCUACCCAAGAUGCUAACUAAACUGCUUUUGAAAGGAAGAGGAGAGGAAGGGACUAGUGAUUAUUUCCCUUCCUCUUCUCCAUAGUCACAGCAUGGAAAGGACAUGGGCUUUGGAGUCAGGUAGAACCAGGCUUGUAUCCUGGCUUUGUCACCAACCAGCUGAGUGACACUUGGCUAGUUAUACAAAUACUCAUGCUCCCCACAACACAUGUAUAGCUCAAAGCCUCUCCUAGGAGAGUCUAAGGGAUAGGAAGGGCUGCCCUGAAGAGAGGAGGGAAGAAAAAACAUGACCAGAGGGGCAUACUGGGGUGGGUGGAAGAGAGGCUAUAAAAUUUGCUGACCUUGUCCCUAUACAGCCUGCUGGUAUACCAAAGGACAUGAGUCUCCAUGAGCAGAGAAGUAAAGGAAUUCAAAGGUGAAGUGCUACAGUGUUUAUUACUCACUUCUGCUCAGAAGGGCCCCUUUCUGAACAGGACUGUUCCUCUGACAUGCCAGACAGGACAUAGCCACAUGCACAGGGCCUCACUUUCAUUGAUAGCUCAAGUUACACCAAGCAGCACAUCUUGGACAAUCGUGGUUGUCUCCUGGGAUUCCCCGGCACGGCUGAGGUGUGAGGUUGUCUAGAGUCCCAUAAUAAACAUUUAAAGUUAUUAAGUGCUAGGAACUUGGUCUUUGUCCAGGACCACACCCAAGGAGUAGAUACCCUCCUUUCAGGCAAACACUACAUUGUACAAAAGCAAAUAGAUGAUACCUUAAUAGACAAAUAGCUAGGACUUCUUUUCCUCUGUAUAAAUACCAAACUCUAUCUAAUACUACAAAAAGCAAUUCCUAAAUUCCCGGUAACCUACCAUCUCUGGCCUGCCAGAGUGAUCUGUCUCUUAAGCACAGGGGAAGUGAAGACCAGGCAGUCUAAGUUAGUGUGCAAAGCUUCACAAGCAUGUUUGGUUGGCAGCAUGUUUAUAGGGGAGGGAUGGGUGCAGUUAGCUUGGAGGGGGGCAUGGGAGCGAUGGAA